AUGGAUGUGUACAAAUAUCCCCCAUAUCAAUACGGUCAAUCUGAUGAGCUGGCGAAACAAAUGUUUGCCCAGCAAGCCCUGUCUUCCGGGCAGCCCUAUAAUCGUACAGUUCAAGAGCCACAUGCCAUGCCGGUUCCUUCUGGUGCACCUUGGAAUGUUCAUGGCGUUUCGUGGGGUAUGCCGUCUCCACCACAGUUAGUUCAGUUUACUGCACAGACAUCAUUAGAGCCUAAAAGUACCUCUGUUUUGCACUGUAAAAGAAAAAGUUUAGAUCUCGAGCCAGUUAUUCCGGCAAAGCAACUUAUAACUGAGGAAAAAAUGGCUGCUCAUUUAAGUGGACUGCACAUAUCAUCAGAAUAUACAGCACAUUCUUUAGCAACACCAGCAGAUGAGAACAUGGAUGUAGGAAUGGAAACUCCAACAUCUAUUAGUGAAAAAUUGAAAGGCCAUAAAAUAGUUCUUUCAGAAGAACUUAAAAAGUUACAAGGGGAACCUUUAUUACCUGCCUCUCUUAUUGAAAGAUUGGAGAAGCCACACAUGUCUCUUGUUGUUUGGAAGCCUAAAGAAAACAUUUUAGAAAAGAUAAAGGAAGUAGAAGAAAAACCACAAGAAGAACAGAAGAGACGAAAUGGAGUUCUCGUCAGUGAGCCCUCAGGGAUGGAAGUUGAAAUGUGA